AUGGCGGACUUCUUCGUCGCGACCCUGGCGCCGAUGCACGAGUUCAUCAGCAGCGUCGAGCCGGAGACGUACGAUCCGCAUUGUGUGCGCGUGGAUCCGCAUUCGGAUCCGUGUCCGCGGGGGCCGGACGGGUGGGAGACGAUGCAGCUGAUGUGCACGCUGGAGAUUGUGGCGUGGGGGAGAUGA